AAUUAAAGUCGUGUGAUGAGUUUGGUGGCCUCAGUUUUGGAGACAUCGUGUCCUCUUUUCAAACAUCAGGCGGUAUGUUCUCCAAAAGAGUCCAGAUCUCUGGUUUAUGGAGAGAAAAGGCGACCCACACAUGAUGUUUUUGCGUGGUCCCACCUGGAGGUGAUCCUCCCCCACUGAAGCCGCCGUGCCCCUCCAACAUCAUGGCGUCUGAGCAGCAGGCGUCUGCUGUGCACCAGCCCUCUUCGGACUACUUCUCCUGGGACUAUCGCUUCCAGCUGAUCGGGCUGGGGUUCGGCUUCUACACCGCCGUGUUCCUCCUCUCCCACCUCCUGUCUGCGGCCCUGUGCCGGACGUACCGCUCCCUGCUCGCUAAGGAGAAGGUUUUCUGGAACCUGGCAGCCACUCGGGCUGCGUUCGGGAUCCAGAGUUCCGUCGCUGGACUCCGGGCUCUGACCGAGGACUCUGCGUUGUUCAGAGACAGAGUGAGGGGCCAAGAGGACUGGUCGUGGUUCAAUAUCCUCACAGCCACGGGCUUCUUCUUGUUCGAGAAUGUGGCGCUUCAUGCCUCCAACGUGGUGUUUUGGUCGUUCGACCUUCCCCUGGCGACGCACCAUUUCUUCGCCCUGUCGGGCUACGUGGGGUCGGUGGUGUGGGAUUCACUGGGACACUUCUUACCGAUGAUUACACUCCUGCUGGAAAUGAGUACUCCGUUCACCUGCAUAUCCUGGAUGUUACUGAAGGCCGGCUGGGCGCGCUCUCUCUUCUGGAGAGCCAACCAGUGGGUGAUGAUCCACAUGUUCCACUGCCGCAUGGUCCUCACCUACUACAUGUGGUGGGUGACUCUGACGCACUGGGGGGAGAUCAACGUCCACGUGGCCCUGCCCCAGCGCUUACUCUUCUUCUCCGGCCUCGCUCUGCUCACACUGGUCAUCAACCCCAUCUGGACGCACAAGAAGACCAUGCAGCUGCUCAACCCGGUGGACUGGAACUUCGGCAACAAGCCGGUGCCCCUGAACGGCGUCGCAAAGGGUCAGUCUGGGGUUUCUGUGAAACCACACAGCAGCUGAGGGGUUCUGAGAAGGUCGAUUCUGAUCUGAACUGCAAAAGAAACCUGUUAAGAUUAAAGGAUGGAUUUUUUUAUAUUAUUUUAUUAACACUGAUUUACACAUCAGCACUUCUCGUACCUGCAACCUGACUGGAUUUUGCCUUGAAGAAGCUCAUUUUGAUCAUGUGAAUUAAUCACAAGAUCUGUCAUUUGAAGCAUUUUUUUUCCUUCUUCUACAUUCUCAUCAGUUUUUCUAUUUGAUUAGCUUUUAUAAGAGGAAGUGAUGUUUUAUGAGAGUGGAAUGACGCCUGCCCUGUUUACACUGCCCUUGGGACACUUGUGAAAUGAACGGCCUUGCACAAAAAGAAGAGUGUGAGAGAAUUAGGAAAUCAAGUCAGUAUCACUGGGUUAGGAACACAAAACCUGACAGUAUUCAAACAUUUACAUUCCACCAUGUUUGAGGAGUGUUUUUCCUUUAUCUGCUGGGCUCUGUUCAUUGAUUUUAUUUUCAAAGUUCAGUUAUACCAUCUUAAAAUUAGCGUUGCUGAAGAGAAUAUUUAAAUUUUAAGCACUCAGCCUACAGGAGAAGCUGUGGUUUUUGUUGCAUGCUGUUGCCAACGGUUUUUAAUAAUAAUUUACAUGUGAAAAACAUGAAGAAGUCCAACAUCUAUAAAGAACACUCAUCUAAGAAGUUUAAAAACAAAAUCUGUUGGCAUGUGGAGGUCAUGUAUAUUUGCAAUGAGGUGGAUGAGAGAGAACAUUUACCCUUUUUGGGUGUCUUUCAUGCUUGCUUUCGGAACAGUCGUGGUCAUUCAGCUCUGAUUGGCUCAGAAACGCUGCAUAACUGUAUAAAGUCUGAAGAAGAAGGUUCCGCAUUAGAUCCAGUAUUGGAUAAGUGGACCUGAAACCCUGACUUAACGUCGAAUAACGAGGAAAACCUUUAUUGCAUCAUGACAGAAAACGCCAUUUUCUCUGAUUGGUGGUGGAGAGCUCUGGAAUGGGCCGCUCCACAAAGGCCUUGUUGUCUUAAAUGCUAAUGUGAUUUCUGAAAACUGCAGCAGCGCUGCGUACACAGAACAACCGAGGUGCAUUCUGACCGUAAUGUAGUUUAAUUUAAGAGAAGCAGCUCAAAGCAAGAGAAUUUCACGAGAAUAGAGCUUUAUUUGACCAUGCAACGGAGAAUACUGUAAUGUUCUGUAUUUUGAACACAAUGGCCACAUUGUGUCACACACCCCCAUCAGCCAUAACAAUAUUACCAAGUGAAAACAACUGCUGACAUUUUUCUGUAUAGGCUUUACCGUUUCUUCAUUCUCUUAUUGAGCUUGAAUAAUCUGUACUUUUUCACAGUCCAGUUCGUGAAUGAUAUUGUCCAAGUCGCAGACUUGCGUUGCUGCAAGUUUCAGAGUCUUCCCUGUUAAUUUUGUUGGAUAAGCUCAGAUACAAGUGCAGCAAGUUUUCCCAGUUCAGUAUUUUAUGUAGAUGAACAGCUUCGGGUGAUACAGGAGGAAAUGUCUUUGUAACGGUGGUUUUCUCAGAACAGUAUUAAACAUCUAGCGAUAAUUUAUUCUUCUUGUAACACUCUUGACCUCUACAAAUAAAUUGCUUUCAUAAAUUGUGUGAUUUUUUUUUAGGACGAUUGUCAUUGCAUUGGAAUUAUAAACUAAUAUUAUGGGAUGUGUGGAGUAUUACUUGUAAUUGCAGUGCCAUAUUUCAAAUGUGUACUGGAAAACAAGUAUGCCUGGUGUGUAAAAUAAACUUUCUCUGAUGCUU